UCAGCCUCCCUCUCUCCUGUCUGCGGUGUUUUCCGGCUCACACAGGACACAACCCGCCUGCAAAAUGUCUCGGGCUGCUGAAAGACUCAGACUGCUGAUCAGUCAUCUUGAUCGACCACCUGGCACGAUCAGAGCUGCACCGACCUCUGUUCAAACCUUCACCUACAGUCCCCCCCAGAGCCUGAGAUACACCGACGAUACCGACCUGCUGACCCCAGAACAGCGACUCUUCUAUGAGAAAAAUGGGUUCAUCCUCAUCAAGAAUCUGGUGUCUGAAGAGGACAUCAACAAGUUCAGGAAGGAGUUUGAACGGGUCUGUCGACGGGAAGUCAAGGUUCCCGGAAUGAUGGUGAUGAGGGAUGUGGCAAUCGUUGGGUCUGAGUUUGUUCCGGAUCAAAAAGCGGUCUCCAAACUCCAGGAUUUCCAGGAAGAUCCUGAACUGUUCCGGUACUGCUCCUUACCACAGAUCCUGAAGUAUGUCGAGUGUGUCACCGGACCCAACAUCAUGGCCAUGCACACAAUGCUGAUAAACAAACCUCCUGAUGCAGGUAAGAAGACAUCUCGUCACCCGAUGCAUCAGGAUCUGCACUACUUCCCGUUCCGCCCGUCCGACAGGAUCGUCUGCUCGUGGACUGCGAUGGAGAAAGUGAACAGGCAGAACGGCUGCCUGGUCGUCCUGCCGGGAACGCACACCGGCACGCUGCAGGAGCACAACUACCCGGAGUGGGAGGGUGGUGUAAACAAGAUGUACCACGGAGUGCGAGACUAUGACCCGACGCUCCCCAGGGUGCACCUGGAGAUGGAGAAGGGCGACACCGUCUUCUUCCACCCGCUGCUGAUCCACGGCUCUGGCAUGAACCAGACAAAGGGCUUCCGCAAGGCCAUUUCCUGCCACUACGCCAGCGCUGACUGCUAUUACAUCGACGUGAAGGGAACCACACAGGAAAACAUAGAGAAGGAAGUGAAGGAAAUUGCAACCAGGAAGUACGAUUUGGGCGACGAACUUACCUUCAAGGACACCUGGGCUUUCAAAGGCCGCCUUGUGCAAGGAGAGAGGACCUCGCUGUGAAAGUGACGCACAAAGAAAACGCAGCGUUGUUGCAGCGUGACCACGGAUCGUCAUGGUGAUCGGAUGAGAAGCAACAGGGCACGUUCGCACCGGCACAGAAAGUGUUCAAGGCUUCCUGUCAGGUCAUCAUGAAGAAAAAAUCUAAUCCUGCAAUCCAUAAUUUCCUUUAGAAAUUGAGGAACAUAAUUUUUAGAUCGCGUACUGUUUAUUUAAUUGAGGCUUCAGCGUGUGUGCGCGUUGUAACAUUUUGGGAAAGUAAUCCAGAACAUGUUGUUCUAAAAGAGAGAAUAAAAACGGGAAAUACUUUUCAAAUAGAAAAUGUCAGUUACCUGUCACAGUAAAUCACUACGUAGUCAUGCAGAAUAAAGCUUAUGAGCACACUGGCUGCUAUAUCUUGUACCGUGUUUUACAGCACAACAUGCGGUUUAAUUCACCAAAACCCUCAUGGAAAGGGAUGUUAACGAUGAUUUCUGGCAUGUUGAUUAAGAAAAGUAAGCCUAUUGUGAGUGACAGAGAGGCUGAGCGAGAUUGAGAGAAGGACAAGGCAGAGUGAGAGGGAGAAUAAUGAAAACUGUAUUCAAGCAGAGAUGUAGAGAAUGCUCCUUUUUGAUUGUAGCUCUUGUUAAUUAACACAGAGGCCUUAUAAAUGUAUCAACGUGUUAAUGUUGGUGUGUCUGUUUGAUGAUUAGUGAAUGGAUGUGUGUUUUCUACAAUCUUGAUGUGGCAAAUGUAAUGUUUUAAUAACACUAAUAAUAAAAAUGAAAGCUAUAUUA